UGACGCGGCUUUCAGACGCAAGUAAUGUCUUGAAAACCUGCCGAACUGUGAAAUUCUCGGUGAGGACAUUUUUUUUCUUCGAAAGUGCGGCUUGACCAUUGACAGGCUUUGUUUAAUGUCCGCCAUUUUUAAAGCGGUGAGUGGUGUGCGGCCUUCGGUCGCUUUGGCCUUCUGGAUCCGUGUAAACAUCAGGUUCACGAACCCGCGUGAACGUCGAGCGCGGCGCGGUGAUAAGCUGCGAAAGGUCUCUGCCCUGCCUUACGCAUUGUGCGGAAACAGACGGCGCUACAAAUGGAGAGAGAAAUUUUGUUCGGCGAUCGCAUCCACCUCCCCAACGGUGGCGGUGGCUCAUCGUGCGAACUUGAGCUCCUCAGGCUUUUGCGAGACGUCGACCUUGCCGUGUUGGAGAGGCACCAGCGCUGGAAGGCCCGGCUCGCCGACGCAGACGACGCGCUGGCGCGACGCGACGCCGAGCUGAAGCAGACGAAACUCGACCUCGCUGCCAGUCGGGCAGAGGCUUCACAGCUCCGCGACCGCGUCGCAUACCUCGAGUCGCUACAGGGUGAUUUGGUUGGCAAAUAUGACCGGCGUAUCGGUGAGCUUAAGGAAGACGUGAGCCGAAUCAAGAAACGCUACGGCGAUCUCAAGGCCGCUUCGACUGCCGUCGGCGGCCACGAUUGUCAUGCGUAUGCCCGGGUGCCUUCCGCGUCGUCUUCGGACGCCGCCGACUUUUGGAGGAGCAGAGCUGUGGAGCUCGAAAAAGAAGUGGCCAGUUUGCGGGAACGAGAGAGGACCAGCAGGGAGGCCAGAGAGCAGAAAAAUUCAACCAAGGAGCUGGAACUGGAGCGAAUAGUGUCGGAAAAAGACGGAGUCAUCGAUAGGCUCACUGAUAAGGUGACCCAGCUGACCAAGCGUCUUCGUCAGGUCGAGAGCUCUGCGGGCGCUCCUGUCACGACGCCGACUGCCGGAGUCAGAACGAACAGCUGGGAUCCACCUGACCUCGUCGAACAGUACCUCAGGACGUGUCAGGACGACAGGGCGCUGAAGAACGCCUCAGAGCUGCGAAACAAGAUCGAACGCCACAUGCAGGAGUUCACGGCGAGGAUGGAGCAGGACAAAAGGACGUUGUAGUUGCACAAACAUUAUGGGUGAUUUUAAUAUCAUUUCUUUUCUGUACGUGCUUUUUAUUUAUUCGUCACAAUAAAGAUAAGACUAAACAUC